AUGCAGCCAUCAUCACGAGGAUUCGCAGCUCCGGGCCAAAUGCGCCGUCCUACGGGACCUGCAGGCCAUCAGGCACAUGCGCCAGCAGUCUCACAGGCCGCCCAAGCACAGCAACAACAGGAAGAGCUCCGUCGCCGCGAAGCUGCCCGUAGACAGGCUCGCAAGCCUACCGACCUCGACAUUGACGAUGACCUGGCCGAAGCUACCAUUACCGAUGCCGCCAUCCUAUACCGCAAGCUACGCGACCAGGAGAAAAGAUUGGAUGCCAUCAUGACAAAGAAGCGCCUGGACAUCCUGGAGGGUACGUCUGGCCAGAUGCCUUCUGAAGGUGUGCUACGCUUGUUCGUCAGCAAUACGGCCGAGGGACAGCCAUGGCAGAUGGCUAACGAUGGCAACGCUGGUUUCAACGAGGACGGUACUUUCGACUUCGCAGACAACAACCAGGCCCGCUAUCGCGUCAAGAUCGAAGGCAAGCUGCUCGAGGGCUCGGACGAUAUCCUCGAGGAUUCGGAGCUCAAGUCGACUUUACCACCCAUGGCUCCUAUCAAGAUGUCGCAUUUCUUCAAACGCGUCACGGUCGACUUCAACCGCCCCGCCGCCCUACAAUCAAACGACUUCAACAAGAUUGAAUGGCUGAAGAAGGACGGUGAGCCCGACGUCGACUGCAUCGCCUUUGGUCGCAAGAGCGACGAAGAGCUCCAGGUCACAAUCAAUCUCUACCUUGACGAGCAGCCCGAACGUUUCAAGCUGAGCCCACCGCUCGCUUGGAUCCUUGACAUGGACACAGCCACGCGCGCCGACGUCGUCCAGGGAAUCUGGGACUACGCUCGCUUGUUCAAGCUGACUGAUCCCGAAGACGAGCGUCGUGUCACCUGCGACGAGACCCUCAGGCAACUCUUCCGUCACGAAACCCUUUUCUUCCCCAACCUUCCAGAGCUCAUUCUAGAGCACCUCUCUCCUCUCGACCCCAUCAAGCUUCCUUACACGAUCCGUAUCGACAAGGACUACAUCGCUCCUGAAGACGAAUCUAUUCAGCCGUCAAAAUACAUGAUCUGGGACGUUCGAGUCAAGGUUCCCAGCACCACAAAGCGCCUGAUGCAGGCCAUCAUCUCGUCACCAAGACACAUGGCCAAUCUCAAGAAGAUCACCCAGGUCAAUGACGACACGGCCCUUUUGCUCGAAAAGGCUCGCCAUCUCAAUUCCAAGCGCAAGUUCUUGCUUUCACUCUCCCGUGACCCGGCCACAUUUGUCAAGCGUUGGACCUCGAGUCAACAACGCGAUCUCGAAAUCAUUCUUGCCGAGGCUGGCAGAGGUGGGGGUGAUGAAGGUUAUGCUGGUGAAGAGUUCCGUAGAGGUGGCAAGGAUGGUGCAUGGGGAACAGAUCUUGCUCGUGAAGCCGUGGGCUUAUGGCUUGCAAGGCAGAAGAAUCACUAG